AUGCGAGCUUGGUCUGGAGAUACGGGCCCUUCAGCGCGGUUCAAACCAGACUCCCAAUUCUUACUGUCAUUACUGUUGAUAUUGCCUUGUCUUUGUGGGGUCGCAGCACAGACGAGUAAUGCUACUUGCGAGCAAACAGACGAGAAUGAAUGGAUGUUCAACAGCGACGGAGAAUCUCCUUGCCUGGUAUGGUCCAAGAUCCAGUCUCUCUGCGUGUCCUCCGAGUCCUUCAUCAACGUGCCCCCACUUCUUGAUCCCUCGUGGUCCUAUAGUGCCCCCUCAGAGGCGAGUUCAGAGUGUUACUGCAAUUCAGUCAGCUAUGGUCUGAUGGCAGCAUGUACCUAUUGCCAGUGGAGCAAUUCCAGUAUACCAAGCGAGGAGAGCUGGUCUUCCGGUUGCCAAAGUUAUAAUUCAGAUGGGCUGGGAUUUGCAGAGAACGUAGAAGACAUACCACCCUUCGCUUACCAGACCUGGUCGGGAGCUACUUGGGCAGCAGCGACCGUGUCCUCCGUCACCACAGGCCCAAGCUCGACGCCAUCGUACUCAACCACCCUCUCGCGCUCCUUCCCCACGUCGAGCAAUCCAUUUUCCUCCUCCUCUGCAAGCACCGGCGAUUCUCUCACAACAAAGAUGGCCUCCUCUACAUCCCCUGCAUCGUCGUCUACUGCUACAUCCUCCGAUUCCAGUUCUGACGACAGUGAGGCCAAGUCGAGUACACCCUGGGGAGCGAUCAUAGGGGGCGUGGGUGGUGGACUAUUCGGGUUGAUCCUUCUCUUCCUCUUCUGGCGAUGGUACAAGAAUCGCGACCGCAUUCCCAAUCCGCGUUCCCCGUUCUCCUCCCCUCGCGACGGUACAGCCCAGAAACGCACCAAGAAAGCUCGUGUGAAAUAUCCCCUACCCCCACAGAGUUUCCGUGACAGUUUAGCAGCGGGAAAGAACUUCUUGGACAUGCUUGUUGGUGGCGGGAGCGGGAUUGAGGAAAAGGGCAAGAGGGAUACAGAGAUGAUGAAUGAUCCUGAAGCGUUUAGUGCGCCUAGGAGAGCUCCACCUGCGCCGAGGAGUCAAGCCGGUUCCGGGUUGGCGUGGAAGACAAGGAGCAAAAGCUUGAGGGACGAAGAUUGGAGCCAGAGCGAUCAGGAGUAUGAUGAGGAUGCCGACCGGCGGGGCACGAAGAGGAGCACCUGGGUAGAUGCAUUCCUCCCUAGUGCUCGGGCGGAAAAGAGGGAAAGGGACAAGGAGGAUAUGCGGUACACAACUACGAGCCAGAGGCUGGCAAGAAAAACACUCACGCCGUCAGAGAUGAUGGAGGAGGAGAGUGAGGCUGGCAUGGAAAGUGCGAGAGGCGACUCCCCGACCCUCCCGGUGAGGGCGAGAUACCCACUACCGCCAGCACCACCUCCCCCGGCGCAUAUCCCACCUCCAGCUCCCGACCAGCUGCCCCUUGACUUCUCCCAAGCUCCAUCGCGCCAUCCAUCCCUCCGGCCGGUAUCUGGAAAUACCCUCCCCAGUCUGUAUGAACCUCCCACAGGCGCGCGCACAUACAGAGGGUCAACCAUGUACAGUCCUGCGUCGAGGUAUCCGGGGAAUGCGGAGACCAUGUUUGAAGUCAAUGACCGAGGGAGGGAGCGACCGAUGAGCGAAUCGACAAUAGGGGCGGCAUUGAAUAGCGCAAGCGUGCAUGGAGGCGGGGGUUGGGGCCGCGAUAGUGCGCCGCCUCUACCAACCCCUCAAGGUGACCUGCGAUAA